UGCCGUGUUUGGAUUUUGCCUCGACUUUGUAUUUUUAAAUAAAAAUAGCAAUGACUGUGUGAAUUAACAUAAACUUGUAUAAAGUUAACUUUCCUGUAUUGGCGACGCAAUCCCGCCGCGCUUUAUUAUGUCGACUCCUUCCCAAUCCCAGACGACCCGGCCAUCCAGCGAUACAAAAAAAACAUCCCCAACAUCGUCUGUGGUAACAAGGAAUGGGGCAAGGAAAGCGAAAAUUCAAACUCGUGCAAUGUCCGCUGGAACGAAGCCGUCUGCCUCCCUGAUAGCUGCUAAAAAGAAAGCCCAGCAAAUGAAGAAAUCAAAAGACGAUACAGUUCUGCGUGACCACUAUCAAACAGCAAUGGAGUCAAAAAUGAAGGUGAAAGGUCCCACAGGAUUUGUCACCGAGCCUCGCAUGGCAGAGCAUUGUUGCAUUUGGGAUGAAAAGUAUCCUGAUUGCCCGGAGAGGAUAACUGGAACACUUAAAAGGUGUGAGGAAUUGAAACUAAUAGAACAAUGCAAAUCGUUCCCACCGAGAGCGGCAACUAAAGAGGAGCUGAACAAGUUGCAUUCCCCAUCCGUGUAUGAGAUGAUGGAGACAACACAUUGCAAUGAUAAUAUUGAAUACUUAGAAGAACUAUCGUCGAAAUAUGAUGGUAUCUUCAUACACCCUAAAACCCAAGAAAUGGCUCUCCUGGCAGCUGGCUCUGCAAUAGACAUGGUGGACCGUAUAGUGUCCGGGGAGGUUCAGAACGGCGCCGCAAUCGUCCGCCCGCCCGGUCACCAUGCGAUGUACGACGAGCCUUGUGGGUACUGCUUCUACAACAAUGUGGCGCUCGCGGCCUACCACGCGUUAAAUGUGCGAAAGUUGCAAAGGAUAUUGAUAAUCGACUGGGAUGUCCACCACGGACAAGCGACGCAGCAGAUGUUUUACGACGAUCCGCGGGUGAUCUAUUUCUCGAUCCACCGCUACGAGCACGGCGCGUUCUGGCCGAACCUGAAGCAGUCGAACUUCCACUACAUUGGCUGCGGGCGUGGCGAGGGGUACACGUUCAACGUGCCCCUUAACAAGAUUGGCAUGACGGACGCGGACUACAUCGCGAUAUGGCACCAACUCUUGAUGCCUAUGGCUAUUGAGUUCUCGCCACAACUCGUCCUCUUCUCCGCUGGGUACGAUUCCGCUCUUGGCGACGAGAAGGGCGAGAUGGAAAUAACGCCUGCGUGCUACCCGCACUUGCUCAACAUGGUGAUGAGUGUGUGCCCCAGUGUGUGUGUGGUCCUGGAGGGCGGCUACUGUCUGCGCUCGCUGGCUGAGGGGGCUGCGCUGACUUUGCGCACUCUGCUGGGCCACCCACCACCCAGGUUGCAGGCCUUGGAGGAACCCUCAGACUCAAUCCGAGAGACCAUCCUCAAUUGUAUCUACGCACACAAAAACCACUGGCGCUGUUACCAAUUCCAGCCCAAGUACAGCGUGGACACGACAGUUGCCAAUGUGUGCGACGGAGAGAAAGAGAAGCAUACGGUCACAGUGCUGUGGGAGGGAGACGAACUUAGGUCGGAUGUUUUCGCUACGAGGGACUGCUAUCCUGUACAAAGUGACGAGACUAUACGCCUUUUCGAAGAAAAGUUGGACCAUUUGUCAUUAGUGACGGAUCUGAAGUUAGCACAACAUCCGGUAUGCUACAUCUUCGACGAAGCCAUGUUGAAGCACAAGAACAUAUGCGAGCCAGGCCACGUUGAAUGCCCCGAGCGGAUUCUGCGCAUUCACGAGAGACAUCGCGAUUUUGGUCUGCUUGAACGUCUGCACCAGCUGGCGGCGAGAACUGCGACCGACGAAGAAAUCCUUACUGUACACACCAAAAAACAUCUUGACAGGUUGAAGGAAAUAGCAAGUACGAAGCUGAGAGAUCUUAACAGCCAGAAAGAGGCCUUCACGUCUGUGUACUUCCAUCCAGACACUCUAGAAAGCGCUGCCGUUGCUGCGGGUUGCGUACUACAGAUGGUAGACGCAGUUUUGUCCAGCGUGGCAGGUUCCGGAGUAUGCGUGAUCCGUCCACCGGGGCAUCACGCGGAUGACGAGAUUCCAAGCGGCUUCUGUUUACUGAACAACGCUGCGAUUGCGGCCAAGUACGCGGUGCAGAGCCACGGACUGAAACGAGUGUUGAUCGUGGACUGGGAUGUGCACCACGGCAAUGGGACACAGAGGAUCACUUAUGGGGAUAAAGAGAUACUUUACAUAUCCAUUCACCGCUACGACAACGGCACGUUCUUCCCGAACUCGAGUGACGCCGAUUAUACUGCGGUGGGCGAGGGGCGCGGGGAGGGGUACAACGUCAAUGUGCCUUGGAACAAGCGCGGCAUGGGCGACGCGGAAUACAUGGCGGCGUUCACUCAGGUGGUUUUGCCGAUAGCCUACGAGUACAACCCGGAUCUGGUGCUAGUCUCAGCUGGAUUCGACGCCUGUGUGGGGGACCCCCUGGGCGGUUGCAAAGUAUCACCGGAAUGCUACGGUCGAAUGACCCAAAUGCUUAGAGGCCUGGCUGGGGGUCGCAUCAUACUCUGCUUAGAGGGAGGCUAUAACAUCACUAGCAUCUCAUACGCCAUGACCAUGUGCACUAAAGCUUUACUCGGGGACCCCAUGCUACACCAUUAUGAACCGAAACUCUCAGUCCACUGCUCUGCUGUUGAGAGUAUUAACAAUGUCAUAAAAACCCAUAAAAAAUACUGGAAAAAUCUUAAAUUCCACCUCGCUUUGCCCAUAGAGGAUGUUCUGGAAAAACCAGGACCCUCUCGCGGGUUGAUUGUCACUGAUCUGGAAACGUCGAAGCGUCUGGACGACUCCAAAAAGUCUGAAGCGGAUGCCGAUUUGGAAAGCAGCAUGGCAAGUUUGAGUUUGAAAGGAGACGACAAAUGCGCGGAUGGUGUACAUUGUGGUACUGAUGACGAAGAUAAGGUGGGCGGUUCGAAAAAACUGCAGGACGAAGGAUGUUCUUCAAAAGUAAAUGAAGGUGCAUCAAAAGCGAAUGAAUGUGAAAAUAAAGGCAAAGAACGAACUACAUUAGCGGACUAUUUAUCGGAGAACAUGCAAGCCAUCGAUGCUGGGGAUAUGUUUCCAGUGGUACCAUUACAGUGGUGUCCGCAUUUGGAGUCCAUCUACGCCAUACCUGAGGGGGUUAAAUUUGAACAGGGAUCUAAGUGUGUGGACUGUGAUCAUACCAAAGAGAAUUGGGUGUGCCUGCAUUGUUUUGUCACGGCUUGCGGUCGCCACGUGAACGCACACAUGCAAUCGCACUACCGCACAUCCGGCCACGCCCUGGCGCUAUCGCUCGUCGACCUCUCUGCCUGGUGCAGCGCCUGCGACAAGUACGUGGACAACGCACUACUCUACGACGCAAAGAACAACGCACACCGAUGCAAGUUCGGCGAGGACAUGCCUUGGUGCUACAAGGACGAAUGAGAAUUUUUUUUUCGCAAUUAUAAAAAAAUAUAACUUAUUAAGAUUUCAAAAAUCUGACCUGAGAUUAGGGGAAGGGCUUGGCUCAAGUAUCACGACAUGUAACUAGGCGGUUUUCGAAGAAUUCGCAGCCCAUCUCAUGUAAUUAAUGUAUGGCCCUAAGUAUAUAACCCGCGUCAUUCAAGAAUACAUUUAUAGAAAUACGCCGAUCUCGAUAUCGAUGCUAUCUCAUUCGCAUGCCCGUAUAUUGUGCAAAAGAGAUGUGCACGGCAACGACGUCUUUGUAUAAAUCUAUUCUUUAAUGGUGCGGGAUAAACUUAAUUUUUUAUUAUCUGUCUUAUAAUUUAAACAGUCUUUUUCAUACUGUUCCGUCUAAAUUAUUAUCUCAAUUAAGGAAAAAAACAGUCUUGUUAUUUUUUUUUUUACAUUUUAUACUAAAACAUUAUUCACAUUUUACGACAGAUAAGAAAAAAAAUUCCGACAGGUUUUCUUUACGAUAGAAUAAAACUACUGUCCCGUACGUUUUGAGAGCAUGUUAUAUUUGAUUUCAGAAUGAGAGUUGGACGUUCGCGUAUGUAAUAGUCGUUUAUAAAUCAAAAACACAUCGUCAAUACAAAAUGAUUCUUAUGUUUAUCAUUUUAAAGUUCGUUGUAUAUUUAUACCGCUGAAAUAAAAAAAAAAAAAAAACUUUAACACAAGUUGAACAAAAGCUAAGUACUACUCAAUGCGAUUUGACGUUCGUUAGCGUCCAAAAUCUUAAGCUUUAAAAAAAAAAAAAAAAAGACAUAGUAUGACGACGUAAGACAUUGCUUUUUUUUCAUUUCAACACCGCAUGCGAGAACGGUGAUAUUACACAAAUAAGUUAAAAAUUUCAAGAAAUAUGUGACGCAUUUACAAAAAGUUAUAUGAAAGAAAAAAGUGUUUUCAUUACAUUCCAGAGUUUUA